AUGGCAAUCACUCCGAAGAUUCAAAAAAAUCCCUCCUUCCCUCUUCCGCUCAAUGACAUCCCUGUACCUUCGCCCCUGGACCCCGAAACGACGAAGGCAACUUUCUGGCCUGAGCCCGUACCUCUUCAAUCUCCUGGCGCCGGCGGUACAGCAAUGCCCCAUUCUUGUCUAACCUUGCCGUCAGUUAAUGCCUAG